CUCAAAACACACAAUAAACGACAAACCAGAGAAAUACUUGUAGUAGAGGAGAGAUUAAAGCGCUCAACAAUUUGUUGCAGAGGAGAUAAAAAGUAACACUACAACUGCAACAAUGGCGUCGUCUUCGCCACUCUCACUCGCGCCUCCAUUUCAUCCAUCUUGCUCUUCAAUUUCCGCCAGUAGGAGGAUUCUCGCUUCUCAUUCCCGCGUCACAUUUUCUCUCUCCUCCUUCAAUCUCUCUCGCCGUCUCUCUCUCCUCCACUUCGGAGCUGCUGUCUCGCAGCCGCAUUUAGUUGGUUUAAAGGAAUCUACACAGCCAAGCCCAGACAGGAAUACACUGGAGGCUGGUACAGUUGGCAAUAUAGCUCAAGCAAGGCCUUCUGUCACGGAGGAAAGUGCUGUACAGUGGGCUAAAAAUGACAAGAGAAGAUUGCUUCAUGCUGUUUAUAGCGUCGGGGAUUUAGAUAAGACUAUAAAAUUCUAUACGGAGUGCCUUGGCAUGAAGGUAUUGCGGAAAAGAGACCUCCCAGAGGAGAGAUAUUCAAAUGCCUUUCUUGGUUUUGGACCCGAAGAGUCGCAUUUUACGGUUGAACUUUCAUACAACUAUGGAGUUGACAAAUAUGAUAUUGGGACUGGUUUUGGUCACUUUGGUGUUGCGGUUGAGGAUGUUGCUAAAACAGUGAGCCUUGUAAAGGCAAAGGGUGGAAAGGUGACACGAGAACCUGGUCCAGUCAAUGGUGAAAGUUCUGUUAUUGCUUUUAUAGAAGAUCCAGAUGGUUAUAAGUUUCAGCUGUUGGAAAAGGCACCAACAUUGGAGCCCCUUUGCAAGAUAAUGCUUAGAGUUGGAGAUCUUGAUCGUGCCACUAGUUUUUAUAAAAAGGCUCAUGGCAUGGAGCUACUCCGCAAGAUGGAUUUUCCUGAGUAUAAGUAUACAACAGCAUUAAUGGGAUAUGGCCCGGAGGAUAAGAAUGUUGUGUUGGAGUUGACAUACAAUUAUGGAGUCAAAGAGUACGACAAAGGAAAUGGUUAUGCACAGAUUGCUAUUGGAACAGACGAUGUAUAUAAAACAGCUAAAGCAGUUCAACUUAAUGGAGGGAAAAUUGUAGUUGAUCCUGGUCCAUUGCCUGGAUUAAAUACCAAGAUAACUGCAUGUUUGGAUCCUGAUGGUUGGAGGACGGCAUUUGUUGAUAACAUUGAUUUUCUUAAGGAACUCGAAUGAGGGCUGCCACUUUUCCAUUCUUCUGUAAGAUGAUGGACGUGUACCAGAUUCUGAUGUUUGGAGAUUAUCUAUAUGGAUCUAUACCACAUCAUGUCAAACAUUGCCGUAUGUUGUAAAUUUAAGUUUCUUAAUAGAUGACAUGAGAUUUAAUCAGGAACUUUAUUCUCAUUUUGCACUAGUGAAAGAAAUCUCAGAUUUUACACCAGCCA